AUGGCGACUCCGCGAGUUCUUCGUUUCGACGCUGACGGUAGACCCCUUGACUUUUCCGUCUGGCUUCUUCGCGCUCGCCGUCUGUUAGAGAGUCAAGUCCAGGGGGGCGAGACCCUUGGGUCACACGCUACUGGUGACCUCCCCGAGCCCCCCGAGCCUACCGCUUUAGGCCCUGCUCCUGACGACGCUGCUACGGCUCGCUUUGCCCGUCAGCGCGCUGACCGGACGGCUUGGACGUCGCGUGACGCUGCGGCCUGCAUCGCACUCAGCAGCCUCCUCCCUGAGUCCGAGGAGGUCCACUUUACUCAGGUUCGCACCGCUGCUGCGUACCUCACUACGAUUAAGGCCCGCUACUCUACUCCCGCUACUGUCUCUCUCGGCCGUCUUUUCCUCCCGUUCCUGUUUCCUGAUCUUGCCUCGUUUGAGCGCUCUGCUGACUUGAUCGCUCACCUCCGCUCGCUCGACGCUAGUUACCGCGCUGCUUGCACUGAGGCACAGCUUGCACUGCUUCCUCCCCCCAUGGCGAUUACUGUCUAUUUCAUCGCCACUAGCCUCCCUGACCGCCUUGCCUCCGUUCGUGACGCGCUUCUGCUGAAGCACCCUAGUGAGCUGACUAUCGAGGUCCUUGAGUCUGCACUCAAGGACGUCGAGAGCAACCUUCGUUCGGUAGCUGCCGCCUCUGGUACUGUGUCCCCCCCACUCUUCCACGGGUGCACAGUCCCGCAGUUACCCACCUUCACUGCCUCUCUUGCCACUGCCGCUACUGACGCGACUGCGGCUGCUGUUACGACUGCGUCGCGGUCCCGCGGCAGGGGGGGCAAGAAAGGUGGUUCCGGUGAAGGUGGAGGUGGAGGUAGCGGAGGUAGUGGGGGUGCUGUUGCGACUGGCGGUGGUGGGAGUGCAGCGUCUGGAGAGACCCCUCGUGCAGCGGCUGGUGACUCCACUGCACCUGCUGGUGGCGGCGACCCUCGAGCUCGUCAGUCGCCUCCUGUACUGCCGGCCCCGCUAGGUGGAGCAGCGGCGUGGUACCAGGCUCAGCGUCAGCAGCACCUUCAGCAGCAGCAGCAGCCCCUUUCCUCCCAGCAGCCUCAGCAGCAGCAGCGUCAGCAGCUGGCUCCGGGGUCGGGGCUGCGUCAGCCCCAGCGCGGUGCUGCUUACCCUCCCUGCCCCUACCAGGUUCAGACAGGUCCUCGUCGGGGCCACCCUUGUGGCCGCUUUCACCCCCCUGGUCAGUGCUUUGCUCAGCUCACUGACACGGUCCGGUUGACCUACGGGGUUGGCGGUCCUGCUCCUGACUGGCUUCCUCUGGUUCAGCGCCACGGCUCCGCUCUGUGGGGCAUGUCUGCUGAGCAGUUAGUUGAUCUGAUUAGUGCUCCUCAUGCUAUGUAUGCUGUUGUUGACUCUAGUGUUUCUGACUCUGUUUACUCUGGUGUUGUUAGCUUAGGUGCUAGUCUUGCUCAGUUGCCUGUUGCUAGUGUAGGUACUUGUGUAGAGUCUAGACCAGCGACUACCUCAGACGACGCUUCGCUGUCGUUCACACUGGACUCUGGAGCCUCCCACUGCUUCUUUCGGGACAGCACGACACUUACACCACUUCCUGCGCCUGUUUCUGUAGCGUUGGCUGAUCCCACUACGGGACCAGUCACUGCACGUCACACUACCACUUUACCGUGUCCUGCUGCUCCCUCCGGGUCUCUCACUGGGUUUCACGUCCCCUCGUUCUCCCGGAACUUGGUGGGCGUGCGACCCCUCGUGAGUCAGCACGUGGGUGUGUGGUUUGAGCCUUCUGGAGAGACUGCGGUGUGUGUUGACGGAGACUCUUACCAGCCUCUUGCUACCUUUACUGCUCAGCCGGGCUCGGGUCUCUACACUCUUCACACUGGCCCGCGUGCGCCGCAGCAGCAGCCGCAGCAGCAGCACCAGCUGCCGCACCAGCAGCCCCCCCUACUGCCACUGCCCCCGGUUCCCCCCCCCGUUCGGGUCCCCGCGUCUCACCAGGUUGCUACGUCCCCCCAGGUGUCUGUGUCGUGUCAGGUUCCUACGUCUGUUCCAGUCGCUGCGUCAUGCUCCUGCCGGUCGCUUGCCCACCCCACCGUUCUGUGGCACCACCGGAUGGGGCACCCGUCCCUUCCACGUCUGCGCGCUAUGUCUAGUCAGCGUCUUGUCCUAGGCCUCCCACGUGUCUUGCCGUCGCUGCCGCCUUCGCCUGCGCCGCCGUGUCGUCCCUGCGUCGAGGGUAGGCUGCACGCCACCCCUCACUCCUCCUCCCUUCGUCCGGCCACCGAGCCUUUUGAGACGCUUCACUUGGACGUCUGGGGCCCAGCCCCUCGUCUAGGCCCUGAGCGUGAGCGUUACUUUCUGGUGGUAGUUGACGACUUCUCCCGCUACACCACAGUGUUCCCUCUGGCGAAGAAGUCUGAGGUGACUUCUACGCUGAUCAGGUGGUUGCUCACCACUGAGGACACUCGUGGUCGUCGUGUCAGCUGUCUCCACUCCGACCGUGGGGGUGAGUUUCGCUCCGACAUUCUCGCUGGAUUCUGUCGCGAGCAGGGCAUUCGUCAGUCCUGGACGCUUCCAGAGUCCCCACAGCAGAAUGGGGUUGCUGAGCGCCGCAUAGGCCUGGUCAUGGAGAUCGCCCGCACCUCCCUGACUCACGCCUGUGCCCCCCAUUUUCUGUGGCCCUACGCGGUCAGGUACGCCGCGCACCAGCUGAACCUCUGGCCACGUGUCUCUCGACCAGAGGUUUCACCGACCAGUCUUUGGACAGGGUCCCCUGGUGUUGCGUCGCGGUUUCGUGUCUGGGGGUGCUUGGCUCUUGUCCGCGACACCUCCGCGGACAAGCUCUCGCCUCGUGCCGUCCCCUGUGUCUUCCUUGGUUUCCCUGAGGACUCCUCUGACUUCACCUUUUACCACCCUCCCUCUCACCGGUUCUUUGACUCCCGUGACGUCCGUUUCGAGGAGUCCACUCCGUACUACGUCAGGUACCCCAGUCGAGGUCUCCCGGUUCCUCCUCCCCCCCUCUUCCUGACUGCCGUUCCCCCUCCUGCUCCCCCGGUACAGCCUCCCCCCCCUGGUCCAGCCCCGUCAGGUGUGUCCCAGGCUACCCCUCCUCCUUCGGUAGCCCCUCCGGUACAGCCUCCCUCCCCACAGUCCUCCUCGCAGCGUGCCGCUGGUGCUAGCUCUCGAGAGGUUGGUGCGGCGCCUGUUCCUGUACCGGUUUCUGGUUCUGGGGGUGCUGGAGUUGGAGCUGGAGUUGGAGCUGGAGUUGGCACUGGAUUUUCUGGUUCUGGGGGUACUGGAGUUGGAGCUGGGGUUGGAGCUGGAGUUUCUGGUUCUGGAGUUGGAGCUGACCCGGUGGGUGCAGAGGACUCUUGUCGUCCGGGAGCUGGUGCUGGCCGCGCGGACACUGGGGGUGCUGCGUCUGGGGGUGAGGGUGCGCCUCCUUCGGGUUCAGGUGAGCCUGGUUCUGGAGCUGGUGUUAGUGCUGCCUCUGGGGGUGGUGCGCCUAGUUCUUCUGAGGUGGACUCUGGAGCUGCCGCUGCUUCGGACACUACUCCACCCCCCCACCCCUACCCGACUAGGCACCAGGCUCGUGUUCGCCGUGCCCGUGGCGAGCAGCUGGCGUUGGAGAGAGAGGAGAGGGAGUUACAGCGGCUGGAGGAGCAGCAGCAGCAGCUGGAGCCGCAGGAGCAGCAGCAGCAGCAGCAGCAGCUGGACCCGCAGGAGCAGCAGUCCCAGCAGCAGCCGCGUCCGCAGCAGCAGCAGUCGCAGCCGCAGCAGCAGCAGCCACUUCCUCCUCCUGUCUCGGGUCUUCGGAUCCUUGGUCUCCCCUCCCCUUCUCCUCCCUCCUCCGCCUCUCCUCCUGUCUACGGUCCCACGUUUCCUCCUCCUGACUCCUCCCCCGCUGUUUUCCCCAGUUCUCCGCCUUUGUCCUCUCCUCCUCCGUCUCGUUCUUGGGCUACUCGUCGCUCCCCUCGUGCUCGUCCCUCGUCUCCUGUUCCCUUCACUGACCUUCGUACUGCCUUCCUUCUUUCUAGUCCACCUCGUCCGUCUCAGUCUGUGCUUCCGUCUCCUCCUGAGUCGGCCCUCACUGUGUCGCUCCCUACUCCUGUCACUGACUACUACCGCACGUACCGUCCUGUUCUCUCUCGUGUUCUCGCCUCUCUUGUUACUCACCCUCGUGCCUCUGUGUCCUCUGUGUCCGCUCUUACUGCCGCAGUUACUGACUUUGCCUCUACCCGCCGCCUUGACUACGCCACCACGCUUGUGGCUGCUCCUCCUACCAGUCCUCUGGCCGUCGGGGGUGUGUCUGCCCUUGGCUGUGACGCCCUAGAGGACAGGCAGUUUGAGCUAGAGUUCCUGGCGGCCGCUUCCCCUCAUCUCUGUGCCAUGCUCCUCGCCCCUGAGGGUGACCCCGACGCCCUUGACAUUCCGACUCCUCGCACUUACGCUGAGGCAGUGUCAGGGCCUUGGGCCUCUCAGUGGAGAGCUGCCAUGGACGCAGAGAUGGCCUCCUACAGAUCCACAGGCACCUACGUCGAUGAGGUUCCCCCCCCUGGGGCGAACGUAGUCGACGGCAUGUGGAUCUACAGGGUGAAGCGGCCACCGGGAUCUCCCCCGGUCUUCAAGGCGCGCUACGUGGCUAGAGGUUUCAGUCAGCGCGAGGGAGUUGACUUCUUUCAGACCUUCGCACCUACCCCGAAGAUGACCACUCUUCGGGUGUUACUACACGUAGCAGCACAGAGAGACUACGAGUUACACUCUCUCGACUUCUCCACUGCUUUCCUUCAGGGCAGCCUACACGAGGAGGUCUGGUUGCGUCGUCCCUCGGCCUUCACUGGCACCUUUCCUCCUGGGACCCAGUGGAGGCUGAGGCGACCUGUUUACGGUCUUCGCCAGGCCCCUCGUGAGUGGCACGACACUCUGCGUUCUACCCUCUCUGACCUUGGGUUCCAGCCGUCUUCUGCCGACCCGUCGCUGUUCGUUCGUCGUGGCUCCACACCGUUCUUUGUUCUGGUCUACGUCGACGACCUCGUUUUCGCCACUUCGGACAGGGUUGCUUUGGCAGACGUGAAGUCCGAACUGCAGAAGAGACACACGUGCACUGAUCUUGGUGAGCUGCGCCACUACCUUGGCCUGCAGAUCACCAGGGACAGAGCCGCUCGCACCAUUACACUCUCACAGUCACACAUGGUGCAGCAGGUCCUUCAGCGGUUCGGGCUUCAGCACUCCACCGUACAGCGCACACCUCUAGCUGUUGACCACAGACUCACUGGUCCCUUUCCUGACGAGCCGUUUGAGCCUAGUGGUCCCUACGCAGAGCUUGUGGGUUGCCUCAUGUACCUGAUGACUUGUACUCGCCCGGACCUCGCCUUCCCUCUCAGCAUCCUUGCGCGCUUUGUUGCGCCAGGGAGACACCGUCCUGUUCACUGGACGGCAACUUCUGGGUUCUGGAGCUGUUUCCUGGCGUUCCACGCGCUCCUCUUCUGUCUCGACCUCUACAGCUGA